AUGUCUUCCCUACCCUCCACCAUGAAAGCGGUCUCGUUUUCCAAAACGGGCGGCCCCGAUGUCCUCGAAUACAACGAAUCCGCACCUCUCCCUAAAGUCCAAGAUGGCGAGGUGUUGGUGAAGAACAGCUUCGCGGGCGUCAACUUCAUCGACACGUACUUCCGCAGUGGCCUCUACCCCGCACAGUUUCCCUUCACACCAGGUCAAGAAGCUGCCGGCACGAUCGCGAAGAUCCAGGGAGACAAUACGUUGGGGUUCAAAGAAGGCGACCGCGUCGUCUGGAUCAAAGUCGGAGGCUACGCCGAGUACACGGCCGUGCCGGCGGAUAAGGUGAUCAAAAUCCCCCAGGGCGUGUCGGACGAAGACGCCGUGGGCAGUUUCCUCAUGGGCAUGACAGCACUGUCACUGAUCAAGGAAGCCUAUCCGGUCAAAAGGGGCGAGACUAUCCUCGUCCACGCUGCCGCGGGAGGCAUGGGUCUGAUCCUCACCCAAAUGCUGCGCGAUGCCGGAUGCACCGUGAUCGGCACCGCGGGGGGACCCGAAAAGUGUGCCCUCGCGAAAGAGAACGGCGCGCACCAUGUGAUUGAUUACAAAGCCACCAGCGGGCCGUCGUGGGUAGAACAAGUCAUGAAACUUACCAACGGCGAAGGCGUGGACUGCACAUACGACGGCGUCGGCAAGGACACGUACGAAGGAUCCCUCGAGGUCGCGAAGCGGAAAUCAAAGGUCGUAUACUUCGGCAAUGCAUCCGGCGCGGUCCCGCCCAUCAACAUCGCCCGUCUCACGGCGAAGAAUCUGUCCAUCAUGCGCUCAACGCUGAUGGGCUACAUCGUGACCCGCAAGGAGCUCGAAUACUACGCCAACGGCGUGCUGGACAUGGUGAAGGACGGCAAAUUGAAGAUCAAGAUCCACAAGGUUUAUCCGCUCGCCGAGGCGAGGCAAGCCCAGGAGGAUUUGGAGGGUCGCCGAACCACGGGGAAGUUAUUGUUGAAGUUGUGA